AUGGGUGACUUCCUGCAGAUAAACUUGUUUGUGCCAUUCUAUCCUUAUUAUUUUCCUAUUCUGGAGAAGCUCAAUGCUUCUUCUGCUUUAGCAUUGUGCAUUGCUCAGGAUGAAUCAUUACUGAAAGCAAUGGAGGUUUAUGUAGUGGUGGCACCAUUUUUGGGACACGUGCCACCAUCAAUAAUUGGUUCAGUUUUGAAACUAGUUGAAACCAUUAACAUGCUCCAUCAUGCUUCACACUUGGGCACCACGUCAGACUCAAAUAAAUCAAACAACUUUAGCAGUGUCUCUGUUGUUGCCAAUUUGGAGUCUGGUAGCUUCAUUGUUGACCUUGAAAAUGGGUUAGAGGAAAGUUGCACAUUAACUGUUUCUCUUCAGGACUUGGAUAUGAGAUUGAUUACUAUGAAACACACACAAUCUUUCUGGAUAUGUACACGGGCUUUUAAAGUAACGUCUCGUUUGUUGAAAAAUAGUGAUGACAUGGACCUUAUAAAUGUUUCACCUAAUGGGUUAAGCCAACUUAAUAAUGGGUGCCUCAUGUUACAUUAUGAUGGUGAUCUGAGCAUAUGGUUGACAGAUCUUGAUCUUCAUUGCUAUCCACAUAUUAUUGGAUUGCUGAUUGAAUUUUUCGAUAAGCUACCAGAAUAUAGCUCUUCACAUUUACAUGAUGACAAAAAUCAAGAAUUUGUGGUAAGUAAUAGUAACAAUGUCCUCUCAGGUUCUUAUUUUGGUUGUUCCAAUUUUUAUGACACCUGUUCUUCAGAUUGGGAAAGCAUUUCAGUUGAUCAUUACCCUUUUGUUACAAUACACAAUGACAGAUCUCUUCUUAGCCUCGAGAGUUCACUUAUUAACAUCAAUCCAGACUGGAAGAAGGUUCUCAACAUAAGAGAGGGUAAGAUAAAUUGUUCAAAAAAGGAAUUCCAGAAACUAUCUGUAUCUGAUCCUCAUCUGGUUGUAAUCAAUCUUGAUCUCAGAAGCAUUAGACUACACCUGCAUGACUCUUCAUCCAUUGUUGCAUAUUUUACACUUCCUACUGCUAAAUCUUCUAUUUCUAUCCAUGAAAGCUGUCUGGAUGUGUUGUGUUCAACUGAGGGAUUGAGCCUUUCAUCACAAUGGUUUCCUCAGACUCUACAAGACUCUCUGUGGGGCCCUGCUUUACUCAAUCUUUCUCUCGUUAUCAACAUUCGAGUGAGAAAAGGGAAUCAUGGAAUGGAACUAGAUUUUAGUAUUCAGAAUGUUUCAUGCAUAUUGCCAACUGAAUUUCUAGCUGUACUCAUUGGUUACUUCUCAAUGCCUGAUUGGAACUCCAAUGCAAAAGAGUCAUCUGGUAUCGAUUGUUCCAAGGACACAGAUAGCUUUCCUUUUCACUUACAAUUACAAAUGUACUUCACUUUUAUUGAGAAUAGUGAUUCAGACAUUCUAUUAAAAGAAAUCUCUUUGGAGUGUUCUGUUCCACCUGGAUAUAUUGGAGAUCAAAAUUAUUGUCUAAAUGUAUUUGGGAGGGAUUUAUCUCUACAUCAUAUUCUUUGGAAAGACAAUGCUUCUGAAGUGACAAGUAUCAGCAUAAUUGCUCCUUGUAGUGGCGAUAUAUGGAUCACAAUACCAUAUGGAUCUGAUUCUCCUUCUGCAACAUGUAUGAUGUCAAAGGUUAAUAAAUGUCAGUUUAUCGUCGAAGGAAGUGAAAUACUUGGCUGCUUUGAUGCAUUGCUAGAUGUCAUUGACCAGCUCACAUCUGUUGAAAAUCUAUCCAUGUGUUUCACUUCUGAUGUUUCAGAGUUUCUUAAUUCAAAAGACAGUUUUAAAGAAAAUCAUGUGCUUCAAGUUCCUAUUGAAUCUUUAAGUGUCAGCUUUACAGAAAUCAGAUGCUCUGUUGAAUCCAUGUCAGUAGAACUCUACUCUGACAAGAUACAAUCGAAUGCUAACGAACAUAUCGCCAAAACUGACAUGAAAUUCACAUGUUCAGUAUCAUUAAAAAACGAAAAGCCUCUUUCUCUUGAUGUAUCAUUCACUUGUUAG